ACUGUACAAUCUGAUGACUGUUUAUGACCUGAUAGACAGUUGAUGUAUUUUUGAACUGGUCCCGCUGAUUGCUGGCCAAGAAUCGAGAACCCUGCUGACCCAGUUUAUAUGUAGGCUUGUCUCGGUCCUAAUGAUGUUCGUGUAUCUUGUUGCAUAAAUUAUCAUAAAUGUAACUGCACCGACCGGGUGAUCACAGUUUUCCAUUUCAUCGUUUGGCAUUCCGCUUUUAAUGGUGGGCCAAGAACAGUUAUGGAGGUGCGGGAAAUGUGUUUUCUGUUCGAUCUAGAGAUUAUUUUGUAUAUUUUCUAUGCAUAUUAAAAUGUUGAUCUAGAGUUCUUCAGCAUAUAAAAGCAGAAGUCGAAUUCUUGGCUCAGCUCAGUCCGAUCUGAAGAGAUAUCCGAAGUACACCAUGAGCUUUCUGGGACUCUUGGCUUUCCUGGUUUUGGGUCUGUGUUCUACCGCCCGGGCUUCGUUGGUGAAAUGCUCGUGUGAUCCUGGUCCACAGGGCGAGCGAGGACCUCCAGGACCGCCCGGACCUCCUGGCAAUCAGAUCGGUCAUCAUGGCAGUGGUUCCGGCUACUGGGGCUAUCCACCCUCAGGUCCUUAUCCCCCAAAUCUGCCAUUCAUUCAGGGACCCAGAGGCUUACCAGGACCACCGGGUCCUCCUGGAUAUUGUUUCCCCUGCCCGGCUGGUCCGCCAUUGAGAGCCUUUCCGCCGCCUGGAGUUCCUGUGCCGCCUUUCAUUUCCACCCCAGCUGGUGGCGGAUUUGGUGCAGCCUCUACACUGACCAGCGCCGUGGGCAACAUUAUUGUGAUUCCGGGAGCUGCGGGAACGGUCGCAGCCGGUCGAGCUCAGUUCUACCACAUUUCACCAGAUGGUCAGGUGCUGCAGAUCGAUCGACCGCAGAAUCUGCCCAGUGAACUAUUCGAUGCACCGGUAAACCAAGCUGCCGGCGCACCCAUUCCACCACCUCAACCCACAUCGUCAUCUCUGUCGGGGAUCACACCACCAGCCGUUCAAGUGCCACCCACUCAGCCCACACCCAGCGAUCUGGGCGUCCAGCAGCCCACACUUUUGCCCGAGAAUGUGGAGGAAACUGUGUUCGCGGUGGGCAAUCGCAACGACUUCCUGCGCGGUAGCUCCGAUGCCAGCGAUUGGAGAAGGAUCCUCCUCCUGGGAGAGCGACCCACCGCCGGUCUGGUCAAGGGCCAGUCCGUCCAGCAGCUUAAUCCCAACCAGCUGGAGAGCAGCGUGGAGAACUUCCAGAGGGCCCUAGUCGAACUGAAGGAGAAGUAUGCCACGCUCACCCAGCCGCGCAGCUCAAAUCAAUAUGCAGUCAUCAUUUGAAGGGAAUACUUAAGCUUAAAGUUAGUUGAAUAAUUUAAUAAAAACGGUACUGAUAAUGUCUAACAAGAAAAUAAAUUUGAUUCGAUGAGGACGAUGUCUUAAA